UCACGUGGGGAGGGAAAACGACCCCUCGCGCGCGUGGAGGAGGAGGAGGAGGAGGAAGGGGGAGGUCACGUGACGGUCGCGGGCGCCGCCGCCGCCGCUUUGUGAGCGCACCGGGCAGAUUUUGUAUUUUGUACAUACAUUGUUUUGUAUAUACUGUAUAGGAUGACUUCGGUGGGCAGUGAACGUACCCGGGGCACUCGGGACAAAAUGCAAAUUUCAGCCGCCCAGCCAACACAACCACAGAAACAAGUAGUGCAGGCAACAGCAGAACAGAUUCGCCUUGCUCAGAUGAUCUACGAUAAGAAUGACGCAGAUUUUGAAGAUAAAGUGAAACAACUUAUGGAAGUGACGGGGAAAAACCAGGAUGAAUGCAUAGUGGCACUACAUGAUUGUAAUGGGGAUGUGAACAGAGCAAUCAACAUACUGCUGGAAGGAAGUUCAGACACAACUUCUUGGGAGACUGUAGGGGGAAAGAAGAAAAGCCUUGGAAAGGAAGGUUCAGAAAACAAAGAGAACAGAGAGAAACGAGGGGACAGAGAAGUGAGUCGCGGACGGGGAAGUUCCAACAGACGGGGAAGAGGAGGCAGCCGUGGACGAGAGUUUAGAGCUGAAGAGAAUGGAGUGGACAACAAUCAAGGAGACAGGCCUUCAGACCGUGGGAAACGUGGCCGUGGGAGAGGGUUUGGACGUGGCAGAGGGAGAGGAGCGGGGAGGUUUUCAGCCCAAGGCAUGGGGACAUUUAAUCCUGCAGACUAUACGGAGUCUUCUGCCACUGAUGGCUUUGGGACAAAGUCAGAGAUCUGGGAGACUGGUCAGAAUGAUGCAGAUGAUGGAACUGAGCCCACACAGAGCGGAUGUUACCUUGCUCAGGACCUGCCAAAUAAUUUUGGAUUCCAAGGAGCAUGGAAGAACUCAAUAGAAGAAUGGACAGCAGAAGACUGGAAUGAAGAUCUUUCUGAAACAAAAGUCUUCACUUCGUCUUCUGUUCCAGCUGAAAAUCAUGUGACUCCUGGGCAAAGCAUUGAUUUGGUGACACUGCUUCAAAAGCCAGUGACAUCUACCCAAGAGACAGAAGGCAACUCAUUUGAGUCUUCUCAGCAGCAGACCUUUGGCCAAGCCUUAGUAUUCACAAAUUCUCAGCACAGCACCCAGAUGGCAUCAGGAACAGGCAGCUCCAGUGCUGUAAACUCUUACUCUCCUCAAAGUCUGUCGGCAGUUCUUUGUUCUGGCUUUGGAGAGCUCAGAUCUUCUAAAUUGGCAAACUCUACUGGUUCCCAAAUCUUGGACCAAUUGAAAUCACCGGGAUUGGGUCAGUUUACCUCUCAACAAACCAAUAGCAGUUCUGCCACCACUAGCACAGUUGCUGCAUCAUCCUGGGAUCUAAAACCACCUAGUACUCAGUCCUCAGUCCUCAGUCAGUUUGACUUUAAAUCCCAACCUGAACCAUCUCCAGUUCUGAGCCAGCUGACACAGCGACAGCAACAAAUGCAGAUGGUUCCUGUUCCUCCUCCUGGGCUGGAGUCGUCCUCCUCCCAGGUAAAACUCCGAGAGCCAUCACCAGUAGACACCUCUACAGCUGUUAGCAAAAUAUUACAGCUCCCCACUAUCUCUGUGGAUAACCAAGCAGUGACUGUUCAUCAAACCCAGCAGAAACAGAUAAAACCACCAAAAAGGAGGAUAACUCCAGCAUCCAAGAUUCCUGCCUCUGCUGUGGAGAUGCCUGGAUCAGCAGACAUGACAGGGUUAAAUGUUCAGUUUGGAGCUCUUGAGUUUGGAUCAGAGCCUACACUCCCAGAGUUUGGAUCAACAUCAAGCAGUGAGAACACCAACCAGGCGACCAACAAUAGCUUAUAUUCAAAAUCUGUAAAGUAUGUUGAUCCUUUGAAUACCUCUUUGCCAAUAUCCAAUACAGUACAGGACUCCACCUACACAACCUCUGCCAUCAGCUCUUCCAGUCUGACCUGCUCAUCCCAGAGCACUAGCUCAGUAACAACUUCCUCCUAUGAGCAGACCUCUGUGCAUAGCAGGAUAGCGUACCAAAGCUCCAUGGCUCCGUCUGAACCAACUGCUGCUGCAGUUACGAAUGGGCACAGUGGUGUUAGGACACAGGCAACACUUGACACUAUUCCAUCAGUUGCAGCACCUAAGACAGAGCCUUCUCCCUCGCUACCUUCAGUUGGUUCUCUGCCCAGUGUGGUGUCUACCACGGCCUCGCUUCUGCCUUCAGCAUCGCAGCACGUGGCAGCAUUGCCCAGCUUGCCUCAGUCCAGUGAUCUGGCCAGCAGCUCACUCUCCCAGCUGAGCAGUUCCCUUUCCAACCAUCAGACCAGCCUCUCUCCUGCCUCAGUGUUGUCUUCAGGCACAUCACAUGUGCACACUAGUAUUGAGAACACAACUUCGCUCCAGCCCUCAACAACCUUUUCAACUGCUUCAACCUCAGCCACUAGCACCACCUCCUCGGUUGUCAGCAUGGCAAGCAGUAUGAACACUACAAACAGCCUUGGCCUGAGUGUUACCAGUGUGUCUAUACCAGCUGCUACCACACGGGCAGCUCCCUUAGUGUCUUCAGGCAAAGCACCCCCAAACCUGCCCCAAGGUGUACCACCCUUGUUGCAUAACCAGUAUAUUGUGGGACCUGGAGGACUUCUGCCUGCCUACCCACAGAUUUAUGGUUAUGAUGAUCUCCAGAUGCUUCAAUCCAGACUGCCAAUGGAUUACUAUGGAAUUACAUUCCCGGCUCCUGCAACCUUGACAGGCAGAGAUGGGAGCCUUGCUAACAACCCAUACUCAGGUGGCCCUCGAUGCAAGCCUUGCUUUCCUGGCCUUCAGCUACUGUCUUCAGAACUUUGGUGGUGUGAUGUAACAAAAUUUGGCCGUGGAGACACUGCCUCUCCUGCUCCUGCAACCACGCUGGCCCAGCCGCAGCAGAACCAGACACAGACUCACCACACGACUCAGCAGCCCUUCCUCAACCCGACCCUGCCCCCAGGGUACAGCUACACCGGGCUCCCUUACUAUGCUGGGAUGCCCGGUGUUCCCAGUGCAUUCCAGUAUGGGCCAACCAUGUUUGUACCUCCAGCAUCUGCUAAACAGCACGGAGUCAACCUGAGCACGGCCUCGACUCCCUUUCAGCAGGCGAGUGGCUACAGCCAGCAUGGCUACGGUGCAGGCUACGACGACUUAACGCAGGGAACAGCAGCUGGAGAUUACAGCAAAGGAGGCUACAGUGGCUCAUCUCAAGCACAAAGCAAAUCUGCUGGCACUGGACCUGGGAAAGGUGUUUCUGUGACCUCAAGUAACACGGGUGUGCCUGAUAUCAGUGGCUCAGUCUAUAACAAGACUCAGACGUUUGACAAGCAGGGAUUCCAUGCUGGCACUCCGCCUCCCUUCAGCCUACCCUCUGCUCUCGGAUCCACUGGGCCCCUCAACCCUGGUGCUGCCCCGGGCUAUGCUCCAGCCCCGUUUCUCCACAUCCUCCCUGCACAUCAGCAGCCUCAUUCCCAGAUGCUGCAUCAUCACCUGCAGCAGGAUGGGCAGGGUGGAUCUGGCCAACGCAACCAACCCAGCACCAUGCAGCAAAAGUCUCAGGCUACCAAAACCGCCUAUGGCACUUCUCCAUACUGGACAAACUAAACCCAAAACCGGGGAGGGGGGAGAGAAUGAAAGGAGAGGAGGAAGGAAAAAAAAAGAGAAAACAAAAGAAAAGAGAAAAAAGAAAAUAAAAGCUGAAGCCCAUUCUUCGAAUUAUUACGAAAAGUAACUGCUCAGCCAAACAUCUGUGCAGGGAGAACUGCAGCCAGCCAGCCAUCCUCUGUGUGACUCGCCUGCUUCCUCUUUGAGUUGCUGUUAUAUGUAAUAUAUUUAUGUAUGUAUUUGUAAAUGUAAUAGAGCCUAAAUGUGGA